AAUUAAAAAAGAAAUCACUCUUUCCUAAUUCAAUCUAUGGAGAAAUUCGGUGAUUUACGGAGAAAGUAUCAGUUGGUGCCUGGGGUUUCAGGGGCCAGCUCUUGGAGCUUUAAACUCAGAGGGAGCGCGUGGGUCUCUGAACUGGAAUUUGAGAAGCCCAGGUUAGCAUCAAUGGUAGCAGAGUUUGCUGUGAACCAGGCAGCAGAGGAGAGACUAACUCACCCACAUUCUCUGUACUAGUAAGUGCUGGGCUGUAACUAAUCUGCAUGAGCUUUGGGGGUCAUGGAUAACUAGGUGGGCAUUCAUCAUCCGGUCAUUCAGGGUGUGCUUGGGUUAUUUAGAGCUUUGGUUUUGCUUCCCCCGGUUAAGAAAUAUCAUCAGGGGGAUGAAGAGAGGACUCAGUAGUUAAGGGUUCUUACUGCUCUUCCAGAGAACCCAGGUCCAGUUCCCAGCACCCACAUGGCAGAUCACAACCACUUGAUUUUCGGUUUUGGGGGCAUUUUAUAUUUGUUUAUUUAGUUUUUGCAUAUGAGGGCUCUAUCUGCAUGUAUGUCUUUGUGCCAGAAGAGGGCACCAUAUCCCAUUACAGAUGGCUGUGAGCCCCAUGUGGUUGCUGGGAAUCAAACUCAGGGCCUCUGAAAGAGUAGACAGAGCUCUUAACUUCUGAGCCAUCUCUCCAGCACAACCCCCCUUCACAACCACUUGUAACUCCAAUCCCAGGGGAUCUGGUACCCUCUUCUGACCUCUGUAUGUUUCUGCAUGCACUUGGUGAGCACACACACACUAAAGCACACACACUGACAUAAUAGAAAUAAAUAUAUUUCUAAAAUACCUUGAGUGUGAUUAUCAGAUUUCAGUUCUUCUCUGUUGGUGAUCACUAUUAGGCGAGAUGACCUUCAGAAGGCGUGACCUUGUCACCACCUGGCCACUUCCUGUCUCUACAGAUCUCCCCUUCAGGACCCAGUGGAGAUCGCAUCCAGCCCAGUCUGAUUUAGAAUGUGUCUCUCUAACCAAAGUCUUUCUGAACCACUCCGCAGGGAAAUCAGAGAGAAUGAAAGCCUAUUUGAAGAGCGCAGAUGGCUUUUUUGUCCUAAACAAAAGCACCACAAUUGGCAAGCAUGCGGAUUCGGACCUCGUCCUAAAGUCCUCAGACAUUGACAACCACCACGCGCUCAUCGAAUUCAACGAGGACGAGGGCAGCUUCGUCCUUCAGGACUUUAACUCCCGCAACGGCACGUUUGUCAACGAGUGCCACAUUCAGAACGUGGCGGUGAAGCUGAUCCCUGGGGACAUCCUGCGGUUUGGCUCUACAGGACUGACCUACGAGCUGGUCAUCGAGAACCCGCCCCAGGUCUCCUGCCCAUGGGUGAUGGGCCCAGUACCUUGGCCAAGGCCACAGCCACCUCAGGCCACACAGCAGCCACACCAGGCAUCCUCGCCACCCCACAUGCACUUCCACCAGGGCAUCCGGCCAGCAACAGUGCAGAGAAGUUGGUCGCAGGGUUGCCCCAGGCCCACCAUGGUCCCGCCUGCCCCUUUCCAGCGGCCCAUGAGUGCCAACGAGAAGAUGUUUUCCUUCAUGAUGGAUCCCCAGUCCCCUGUCAUCAAGCAAGUGUGGGCCAGCGCCAUGGAACUGUCAGAGCAAUGCGUGGUCGAGGGACUCUCGGGGACGAUCCCUCCCACCGAGAUCUUCAUGGACCAGGACCUAGACCAGCAAGACAAGGAUGAGAUCAUCCUGCUCCUGGGGAGAGAGGUCAACCGGCUCUCUGAUUUUGAAAUCCAGUCCAAAUACAAAGACGCGGUGAUAAUGAACCUGCGGGGUGAGUUGGCCGACCUGAGUCAAAGGCUAUCCGAGACAGCCGCUGCAGCCGCAGCCAGGCAGAGCGACAGGUGCACGCCGAAGUUCCAGGGCCUGGACGAAGGCGACGACCCCAGGCAGAAGGAGAUUGAGAGCAUGAAAAACCAGAUCAGCGCCCUUCAAAAAGGCUAUAGCCAGAUGCUGUGUCAUACCCUGGCCGAGCGCAACUCGGAAAUCGCAUCGCUGAAGAAUGAAGGUGAGAACUUAAAGAGAGACCACACCAUCACAUCAGGGAUGGUGACGUCGUUACAGAAAGAUGUGUCAGCGCGGAAUGAGCAAGUUCAGCAGCUGAAGGGGGAAGUGAACCAACUGAAGAAUCAGAACAAGGAGAAGGAGCUCCAGCUGGAAGCCCUGAGCUCCAGAUGUUCUGCGCUGAAAGAAGAGCUAAGGAAGGAAGAGGCCCAGAGGGAGAGCAGGGAGGCUCAGGAGAAAGAGCUGAAACUCUGCCGAAGCCAAAUGCAAGACAUGGAGAAAGAAGUGAAGAAGCUCCGAGAGGAGCUGAAGAAGAACAGUUCCAAUCAGAACACCAUCUCCAAGACGCUGCGAGAAAGGAGCAAGGUUGAAGAGAAGCUUCAGGAAGAUUCCAGAAGGAAAUUGCUUCAGCUGCAAGAAAUGGGGAACAGAGAGAGCCUCAUUAAAAUCAAUUUGGAAAGGGCAGUAGGCCAGCUGGAGCACUUCAGAAGCCAGGUCAUCAAAGCCACUUUCGGGAAAACAAAGCCAUUCCGUGACAAGCCCAUCACCGACCAGCAGCUGAUAGAGAGGAUCGUGCAGGUCACCGAGGACAACCUCAGCUUCCAGCAGAGGAAAUGGACCCUGCAGAAGGAGACUCAUCUGAGCAACUCCAAGCAGGAGGAGACCACGGAGAACAUGGAGAAGCUGAGGGCACGGCUGAGCAGCUGCCAGGCUUGCAUGAGGGAAUCGUGCAGCAGCCACGACCUGAAGAAGGAGGUGGGGCUCCUUCAGCACCUGAAGCUCAGCCCGCCCGUGGCAGGGCUUCAGAAGGCUGUCCUGGACAUCCUGCGUGUGGCCCUGUCCUGGCUGGAGGAAACGGAGCAGCUGCUUAGGGACCUCAGCAUCGAAAUGUCAGGUUCCGACAAAGGGCUCUCUCUGUAUCUAAUAUAUCUUCUGGAACAUUACAAGAAAAUCAUGAGCCAGACCCAGGAACUUCGGGUCCAGGUGAGCACUUCUCAGGAAACUCAGCAGUCUCUGGAGCAGGAGUACCUGGCCGAGAAGGAGAAGCUGAACAAAGAGAAGCUGGAACAAGAGGAGAAGCUAAAAGCCAAAAUCCAGCAGCUGGCGGAAGAGAAGAAGGCCCUGGAGACAGCUAUUGCCCAAGAGAAAAACAGAGCGAAGGAGGCUCUAGAGGGGGAGCAGAUGAAAGCCAGAGAGGUGGAGAGUCGCUUGACCUACCAGAAGAAGGCUUUGGAGGAGAGCAUCACGCAGGAGAAACACAGAGCACAGGAGGCCCUGGAGAAGGCGCAGACUCAAAUUCGUGAUCUGGAGAGCCACUUGGCCUGUCAAAAGGAGGUCUUGGAGGACAGUGUGGCCCGUGAGAAAAGAAAAGUGCGGGAAAUGCUGGAGGCGGAAAGGAGGAAGACACAAGACCUGGAGAACCAGCUGACCCAGCAGAAGGAGAUCGCAGAGAGCAUCACCUUUGAGAGACUCAAAAUGCGAGACACCCUGGAGAAGGAAAAGAGGAGAAUCCAGGACCUGGAGAACCGCCUGACCAAGCAAAGAGAGGAAAUAGAAUCGAAGGGACAAAAAGAGGACAUCUUAAAUAAUAAAUUAAACGACGCCCUGGCCAUGGUGGAGGAGGCGGAGCAGAUGAAGACAGCCGAGAGCCGCAAAGCCGAGACCCUUGCCCUCAAGUUAGACGAAACAGUAGCCGAGCUGGAAAAGACCAAGACAAAAAUGAUCAUGAUGGAGGAGCGGCUGAGGCUGCAGCAGCAGUCCAUGCAGGCAAUGCAGGAUGAGCGGGAAUCCCAGAAGCAUGGCUUCGAGGAGGAAAUCACGGUGUACAAAGAACAAAUCAGACAGCACUCGCAGACCAUCGUGAGCCUGGAGGAGAGGCUCUGCCAAGUGACUCAGCACCACAGGAAAAUAGAAGGAGAGAUUGCGACGUUAAAAGACAAUGAACCAGCUCAUAAAGAGGAGGUAUCCAAAGAGCCCGCAGCAGGACCCGCGCCGGACAGCAGUGCCAAAGAAAUGGCGUGCGACAAUCUGAUAGAUGACUUACUGGCUGCUCAGAAGGAAAUCCUGUCUCAGCAGGAGAUCAUCAUGAGGCUGAGGACAGAUCUCAGUGAAGCCCACGGCCGCAUGUCAGACCUGAGAGGGGAGCUAAGUGAGAAGCAGAAGAUGGAGCUGGAGCGACACGUGGCCCUGGUGCAGCAGCAGAACAAGGAGCUGAGCAUGCUCAAAGUGAAGGUGGCACAGACAAGCGGCCUGGUGGAGAAGAAAGACAGGGAACUGAAGGUCCUCAGGGAGGCGCUCAGGGCUUCCCACAGACCCCACCUGAGCACGGAGCAGAAGCCGAGGAAUCCGACCCCCAAGUGUGACAUCUCCCUGCAGAUAGAACCAGUGCACCAGGAUACAUUCUCCAGUCUCCAAGAGGAGCAGUUCUUCAGUGACCUGGGGGCCAAGUGCAAAGGGUCUCGACACGAGGAAGUCAUCCAGCGGCAGAGAAAGGCCUUGUCGGAGCUCCGGAUACGAAUCAAAGAACUGGAGAAGGCCAACUCCUCCAAUCAUAAGGACCAUGCGAAUGAAUCGUUCCUAGAACUAAAGACUCUGAGAAUGGAAAAAAAUGUACAGAAAAUACUAUUAGACGCAAAGCCUGACUUGACAACUCUCUCAAGAAUAGAGAUCCGAUCGCCUCAGAAUGGCCUUUUCAGCUCGACCUCCAACUUGGCUGUUGAGAAGUCCAUGAAAACAGAUGCUGCAGAAGCCUUAGAACUCAGCGAGAAGCUGUACAUGGACAUGAGCAAGACGCUUGGCAGCCUGAUGAACAUCAAGGACAUGUCUGGCCACGUGAACUUGAAACACGUCUCGCCCAAAGAGCGUGAGAGGAUCAACCACCUCCGGCAGAAGGACCUGGACCUGGUGUUUGAUAAGAUCACUCAGCUCAAGAACCGGCUUCAGAGGAAAGAGGAACUCCUGCGAGGAUGCGAGAAGGAACUGGAGCAGCUCAGGCAGAGCAAAGUGUCCGUUCAGAUGUACCAGGCGCAGGUGGCAAAGCUGGAGGAUGACGUCUACAAAGAAGCCGAGGAGAAGGCACUGCUGAAGGAGGCCCUGGAGCGCACAGAGCAGCAGCUGUACCAGGAGAGGAGGCUCAACAGGGCCUUCAGGCAGCAGAAGGAUCGAGUCGAGGCUCAAGAGAAAAAAGAGGCAUCCUGCAGCUGUCCCUUCAAAGACAAUGAGAGGCAGAGACGCAUAUUUGUAGAGGUGGUCAAGAGAAAGAUGCAGAACUCCAAUCUCCAGGUUGGAAGCAAGAAAGUCACCCAGAAGACAGGCCAAGAAAAAGAGACGAAAAAGGAGGCAUGCAAGUCUAGCCAGAGUCUGUCGUUUGUUAAGUCGGGUGGAAAGAACUAGAAAACACACUGUCCCAGGGCUCAUGUGAUCCUGAGUGAGUCAGUCUGACUCUCCAGUAAGCCAGGGACUUUCAGAGCACGCUAAAGAUGGCUGCUUAAUUGUUUGGCUUUCUAGAUUAAUAUUUUGUACAGAAUGUAUUUUGGAGUGUGUGGAGAGAGGAUUUUUUAAAAAAUAUCUAUCAAUGUAUAUACACUCAGGUAUAUAAAGAAUAUGUCUAUAACCCAGACUCCUAGCCCUGUGGAUACAGUUGUGUGCCAAGAAACCCAACUAGAGCCACAGGGCAAAGGGGAAGCUUGGAGCACUUGACCACAUUAUAAUGAAUUUAUAUCUGAGUUUAUUAUAAUAAAUUUAGAAUGCCAAUCAUUUCCGUUGCUUCUGUAAUCCUGAUCAACAUGUCUAUGGCACUUUGAGUUCUCAACACUCUUCUGAAUUAAUCCUUUCCCCAAGCCCUUCGUUCCUCCACUUCACAGACCAGGAUGCCGAGCCCGGGAAGUUGGCUGGCCUGCCUACAGUCACUCAGUAAACGCAGGAGCUGGGUUUGGAAGCCCGGUUUCUGAUUUCCACAUUGUCCAUCCUGCUGAACUGAGCGACCUUAGUUUUCCCAGUCUCUGGCUACAGGACAGACCAGGGACUCAGUCCCCAAAGAAGAUGUAUUCCAUUUCCAUGUGGUUCACAGAGACUCAUUUCUCCUCCGGUGCCCUGCCUUCUGUCUACCCACCUGACCUCAUCACUGUCAUUCUCUCUUGGCCUUGCAGCCAGCCACACCUAGGUGGGGAAAGGG